GCCUGUGAGGUGCGGAGUCACAAGUCGGAGUAAGGAUACGGAACCAUAUGGCCAUGAAACUGUUUGAUGCACACUGUCACCUGCAAGACCCAAGAAUCAUCAACCAGGCUCCACAACUCAUCGCCACCGCCGUCAACUCCGGCGUAGUUCAUUUCGCCGUCAAUGGAGUCUGCGAGAAAGAUUGGCAUCUGGUUAAAGACAUGGCGAAUCAGUAUCCUUCUGUUAUACCUUGCUUCGGUCUCCAUCCCUUGUAUAUUGCCGAGAGAACUCCCAAUUGGAUGAACACUCUUAAAGAAUUUUUUAAGGCCAAUCCCUCUGCUGCUGUUGGAGAGAUUGGUUUGGACAAAGGUUCUCGUGGUAAGAAGAUCGACAUCAUGGAUCAGGUUGAAGUAUUUAAGCAACAACUUGAACUUGCAAAAGAGCUGAAUAGACCGGCGUCCAUUCAUUGUGUCCGUGCAUUUGGUGAUCUUCUUGAGACAAUGAGAAGCAUGGGACCUUUCCCUGCUGGUGUCAUUCUUCAUUCUUACCUAGGUUCUGCUGAGAUGGUUCCUGAAUUUGCCAAGCUUGGUGCAUACUUCUCUUUCUCGGGCUUCCUUAUGUUCAUGAAAGUGCAGAAGGCUAAACGUAUGCUAAAAGCGGUAUCUUCUGACAGAAUUUUGUUGGAGACUGAUUCACCUGAUGCCGUGCCAAAUUCAAAUUUGGAUUCUCUAUUUUUGGUAGAUGGAGAUAAAUCUGCCCCUGAAGGGAUUCAAUCACAAGGAGAAAAUUUUGGUUCAAACACUGCAAGUCUUUCUAAUGAUCGUUCCCAUCCUUCUACGGAUGCAUCAUCACUUCCAAGAGAAACUCUUAAUCAUCCUGCAAAUAUCCUUAACGUACUUGAUUACGUUGCAUCUUUGCUAGACAUGACCAAAGAAGAACUUGCAGGACAUAGUUACAGAAACGCAGUACGGAUAUUUUCUUACCAAAGUUCAAAGGUCUUGGAAAAUAGUAACAGAGUCGCUGGAGCUGGUAGUUAUUGAUUACCUGAUAUUGCAAUGCCACCACAGGCAGCGUACAUUAUGAAUGCUGUUUGAGCUUCGUUUUUCACAUUAGGAUGUUGAUAAUGUUGCAAAGGUGAUGUUAUGAUAAAGAGAAGUUUUGUGAUUAUGAGUAGGUGUGUUCAUGUACUUUUUACACCCUUGACCUUAUAUUAUUGUAAGUAAUAUAAUAUUAUUUGACAUUUAAAGUACAAUGUGUGAGGUAUUAUAAACCUGC